AUGGAGACCGUCAGACCUACGCGGUCUGGACUACCAGAAUCCUUCACUGUUGGUAACUUGCCGUCGCUUUUGGGGCCGCUUGCCUUCCGCCAAGAGCUGAGCAGCAACACCUGGGCCUCUUCGACCGCCGAUAUGGCACUGCUCUCCGACAACGACGAGAUCGGCGAUCGCGAUGCGUUUGUUGAGGAUUACAACCGACUAUCCAGGAAGUAUGGUGUCCGACCCAUGGUACCAGAUGACUACGACAUUGGCCCUUCUGGAAAAAAGAAAUGGUACUCUCGAAGGCGCAGGUCCUCAUCACGUUUGCCCAGCGCCAAGUCUGACAAGUCCAUUACUCAAAGACCGAGCUUUGGGGACCUGUCUUCUCACCGCGAGGCAACCAAGGCGGAUUUGGGAACAGACAAGAGCUUGCAAGGACUGUAUCUGGUACAGCAUGGCCCGACAACUCGCGGUGUUUUCCGGGUCCCCGGGUCUGUCCGUGCCGUGGCUGCGCUAUAUGACUAUUACUUUGCGAACAGUGAGCCUGGGGGAGGUACGAUCUCCGGUACCGUUCGCACACCCAGCUUGCCUACACAUCUUGAAUACGGUGUACACGAUGUUGCGUCAACCUUCAAGAAAUUGCUCGGUGGCCUUCCCGGGGGGAUACUUGGCUCGCUCUCCGUGUUUGACGCCCUCGUAGCCAUCCGUAGCCACUUUAACGGCGACCCUGAAGCCAACAGGACCAGACAGACCAAGCUGCGCGCACGACUGAUUGCCCUUGCUAUCGGAACCCUCAAGUCGCAGUUUCAAAGGGAACUGGUCUGCGCCGUCUUUGGGCUAUUGUGCCUGAUUGGUCGCACGUCGGAGACGACCCCACGAGAGGAUGCAGAGGGUCGACCGUUGCCAACCUCGGACCUGAUGGGAUAUAACGCACUUGGAAUAGUAUUCGGCCCACUGCUCGUCGGUAACCUCAUUGAUCAAUACUCUAUGCAGGUAGCAGAACCCGGCGCAGGGUUAGUCCUACUCCCGGUCACCCCACCCAUGCGCAAAGACAAGGCCAAGAGAAGAGCGGUUUCUGAGGGAAGACCUAUUACACCGGUCACGAUCGACAAGGUCAUAGUGGCCAACUCGAUUGCUGAGAUGCUAAUCGCCAACUGGCGAGAGGUCGUGAGACAUAUGAAGAGCUUGGGCGUGAUCCAUAAAGUUGUUGCUGGUCAGUUGCACGGAGAGUCCUCACAGAAAUCUCUGAAGACUUCUAUAUCAGAACCUGCUCUUUCCGAAAUAGCGAGCCAUACCUUGGAAGGUGAAACAGCCAAGUCUCCUCGCGUGCGCAAGAAUGCCGGCUCUGUCUUGACGGGGAUAAAAACAACGACAGAACUUAGCGAUCAAGAAGAGCAAACCACCAAAAGCCUGGCCGUCAAGAAGCGUCGUCAAAGUUCAAAGCCACGUACAGUUGUUUUCGCGAAGUCACCUGUGCUCACCGGCGCACAAGCAGAAGUACACUGUUCGAGUACUAGGAAGGAACUCACCAAAAGGAGACUAAAUGACAUCGUAUUGGUGCAGGAUGAAGAUAUUUCAUUACGAGGCAGUGGUAACGGUGGCACGGUUGUACUGACCCCCGCCUCGGCCCGGGCUUCGGCUCGGGUAUCAACAGCAUCAGUCACCUUCAUGACGCCCAGCCCACAAGACCGCAAGAUAAGCCCGAGAGUCUCAAGUGCGCAAUUAAGCACUCCCCCAUUUGGCAGUGGCGAUGGUUCAAAAGUUGAAACACCUACCCAGCCUAAAGACAUGGCGAAGUGUGCUACUCCGACGACAAGUGGGAUAUUGUCCAAGGCUUCCCGUGCUAUAGCAAAGUUUACCACUACGCAUCGAGGAACCCGCGUUGCGAGUCCUCUAUUUUCCGAGAUUUUGACUCCCAGAAAGAGCUCUGACAACGGCGUUCGCAGGAGUCGGUCAGCGCGUAGCGAAAGCUCUGGCCAUCGAAGCAAGCAUGAGGGACAUACUCCAUCUGACGUCGCGGAUGAACAACAACUGAUAACUGAAAUUACUCCUGCUCCAUAUCAAAGUACAAAAUCAUUCAAAACUAGAGCUGUGAGCGGGGCCGGUCUGCUCAAGAACGGGACCACACAAAUGAUAAACGGCCUAAGUGACGAUCAAAGAACUGGGGAUGACGAGCGUACCUUUGAUAUCACCGGGAGCGCAAGGCUUGUGCCCCGAGCUCAGGUGGACGAUGUGGUCAGUCCUGCCACGGUUGGCCGAAGUAAUGCUGUCAGACAGAACCGACGUUCCAUAGGGCCAAACUCUAAGCUUACUGGUGGGGAUGAGAUUGUGGCCCAGGGAGUCGUUAUGCCAGAUAGCGGUUCAAGGAAACCAAAGGCUGCUGAUUAUUUUCACAUCAGGCAUGAGGAUUUCAAUGCGCUACGAGAUCGCGGCUCACCGACACCGUGUCAUGAAGAUAUGAAGAGGCGGGUUAGCAGAAGCAAAUCCAAGCCACUUGCCGAUUACCAAGAAAACUCGACCCAGCACAGACCUGACGAGUUCCUCGUCAAUUCACUGAGGAUGAAUGGCAUCGGAAACUCAAGGGCUUCUAGUGCUGGCCGGGCCGUCGACAUGACAGGAAGAUUUGCAGAUGAAUCCGAUGGCGCGAGAUAUCUUUACCCGCAGAGCAUAGCUCGCGCCGAUUCCAUAAGCAGCAGACCCUCAAGUCAGGAUCGGCCAAAGCAAGGUGUACUGAAUGGAUCAACGGCCCUGACACCGCCUCCAUCGUCAGCACCACACUAUGCAUCCACGCCUGGCUCUGUGAUGCGGCGAAAGUACGUCUCCGUUAGUGGCGGCAACGUCCGGGCCAUGGCGGCUAUAUUUGAAAAUGCUGCCAAAGACACCAAAAUCUCGGCAGAACGACAGGAUACUGCACCGGCGACUGAGCCCGACUCCCCAGCGAUGCAUUUCGCAGGUUCGGGGAACGUACUGCCACAGUACGUUAGGAACUCGACGCCUCCAACCUCUCUACGAACAACAAGAUCCUGGAUAUCGGAUGAUUUGCAUUUCGCAAACAAAAGAGUGCCAUGUGUCUCGGGCAGGGUCUCUAUCGGAGACGAGGCCAACCUGGGUGGUGAUACCACCGACAAAGGGCUGCCGGAAGAUGAUGGGCUUUUUGCAAAAGGCGAUGGUAGGACCGAGAUAACAGCGGCCUCUCAACCACCACCGAAUGUCCCUGUCAGGCACCCCUCACGAGACAAGAAUGAUUAUCCAAACAGUAAAACCCUGAGGGCAUUCAGGUCGUCCGACGGAUCCACUAACAACGGACGCCCACUUCCCUCGGGGUCAGGACAAAUUGAUGCACUUCAAGCAGAAAUAUAUGGCCUACAAGAGCAGCUAGCCGCCAAGACAAAUGAAUGCAGGCAUGUGCGCUUGGAGCUCUUAGAAUCACAGAGCGCAGUUGCGUCUGCUACCACCACUGCCAGGGCAAUGGAAACGUUGACAGCGCAGUUGAGACAAGCAUUCGAGGAUGCCAAGCACUGGCGCAACGAGGCAGGAAUAUGGAAAGCCCGUGCCGAAGCGACAGAGCGGCGCCUUGGUCUGAUACGUGGGCAGGUGGGAGACAGUGCCGAAUGCGAGACUAGCCCGUUCUUGCCAACCUCGAACGUGAUGAUGCCGAUCAGUAGCAACCGGAUGCAUCACGGGCUGCAAAAGAAAAGAGCGGCCGGGCCGUUGCGCGAGAAUUACGAGUACGCGGAGCAGCGACAGGUCAACAGCAGAGGAGGAAAUGGCGAUAUGGUUGGCCAAGGCGACGAGUGCGACUGGCAACUUGACGAUCAUUGGCAGCGCGAAGACUGGCGUGUCGAUUUAGAUGGCUCGGCGUCGUCAAGCGGCAAUCAUAUACCAAAAAAGGAUCACAGACAGCGCGAGGAACGGCGCGUCGGUUUGGAUGACCCAACAUCGACGAGGAGUGGCAAGGCGAUUCCAGAAAAGGGACAAAAUGGUAAUGGUGACUGGAAGCGCGACGACUGGCGAGUCGAUGUACAUGGCUCGUCAUCGACGGAAAGCGGCAAGCAGAUGCCGGUCAAGGAACAAAAUGAAUACGAUGAUCGAGAGGGUGCUGAAACGCAGGGAAUUCGUUUAGUCGGAGCUGUCUUCGGUGACAGGAGAUGA